AUGAACGCCUCUGCAACUGUACGGGCGUCAUACAUCCGCCAGGCGCGGGUGAGCAUCAUCGGUCAUCCGGUUAUAGCACUGCGACCACGCUCUGCUCACGAAGAUAAACUCAGAGAUUUCGUUCAUGUUGAUCAUGUCGAGCACCGUCAAAAGUGUGAAUCGGAACGAGUUGCUGCACCCGCUGUCUUUGAUCUGGAGAAAGAUGCGGAUAUGAAGGAGAUAUACAUCGAGGAAAAGUUCUCCGACUCGACCGACAACCUCUCCGUUAUGGAAUGGGAAGAGUCCAGCUCCAUCAGAGUACGACUAAAGAAAAUGGUUACUGUCUUUCCCUACCGCGACCCCAUCUACCUCGUCGCCAUCAUCUUCCUCCUUGGCUCCAUCGAUCUCGUCAUCAAUGCCUUCUUCGACCUACUACCCCGUCUCUACCCUACCUCUGCCUUUGCCGAAUCAGAGCAGGAUAUAGUCGCAGUCCCACUCACAAUUCUCAUCGGCUCGAUCCUCUUUUUCAUCGCCGGUGUCUUCGACACUUUUGGCGCCCUCAAUGCCGACAGUGGCCAGAUUGGAGCCACCAAGUCCAACCCCAACAAAGUCAUAUACCGACCUGCUCUCGUUGGAACACCACAGUUCCGCUGGAUCCCUUCCCGGACCAAGCUGUUGGACCUCACAAUAAACAGCUUGGCAUUCCAAGCAGGUCUUAUCGUCCUCUUUGGCGGUGUCAUCUUCAUGUUUGGUGGCAUCGUGGAUUUCCCCGGUGUGGUGGAUGAAGAAAGUCCAUACUUCUCCUCCAUUGUUUUUGGACCUCAGGUCGUCCAUGGAAUGUUGUUUUUCGUGGGCAAUGCCAUGCUGGCGUUUUCAGAGCAGGAGCGCUGGUACAAACCCAAGAUCACAGACCCAGACUGGGUAAGCGCUUUCUUGAACACAAUCGGAGGUUUCGCGUUCAUGAUGGCGGGCAUCUUUUUGUUUCAGAAGGAGACAUCUGUCGAAGAGGGUGAGAUCCGGGCUGCGAUUGCAGCUAUGGUCGGAAGUUGGGCGUUUUUGGUCGGAAGCGUCAUUCGCUGGUAUGUUGUUUUGGAGGUUUCGUAG